UCGCCAUCUUGAAUAAGAUAAUGUGUGUAGUGAAAAGUAAUAGCAGUUUGUGUAUCGCUCAAAAUUCUACCAGUAGCAAGGUAAACGUCGUCUAUUAAACUCUGACGUUUCGCCAUCAAUUUUUAUAUAUGAUCAAAAAUUAUUAUAUUUCCAAACUGGAAACUGGAAAGCUAUUGCAAAUCUCUGGGCCUGGAAACCCAGAAAAAAAACAAAAUGCCAGGAAUAAAAGACAUAGACGCAUCGUUGGAUUUCGGUUAUUUGUUGUGCUCGCUAUACCAACGAUGUAUUAUCUUUGCCUUAGCGUUUCAGGAGUUUUCUCCAAAAUUGAUACCGAAAAUCAUAUCACCAAUUACCAUAAUGUCGGAUCAAGAAAAUUGUUACAAUUGGAGGAAAACGUGACAUUAGAGGAAAAUGGAAAUUGCACACCGCCAGCCAUAAAAGAAUUUCCAUCUGAUGGAUUGACGAGAUCACAAAGAGCGUCGGGUUAUUUAGCGAUUCAUUUUAUCCUUGCUAUUUAUAUGUUUUUACUUCUCGCCAUUGUGUGCGACGAUUUUUUCGUUCCAUCUAUAAAAAGGAUCUGCGAAAACAUUAAUAUUACAAAAGAUGUUGCUGGCGCUACAUUUAUGGCUGCUGCAACAUCCAGUCCAGAAUUAUUCAUAAAUGUGGUGGGAACAUUUAUCACCGAAGGAGAUCUGGGAAUUGGUACUAUCGUUGGUUCUGCAGUCUUCAAUAUUCUCGCAGUACCUGCUUGCUGUGGAUUAUUUGCUACGCAGGUUUUAGAUCUGGAUUGGUGGCCCGUAAGUCGAGAUUCUCUGGCAUAUGGGUUCACAGUCAUUUUGUUAAUUAUAACACUACAUGACGGUCGUAUCGAGUGGUACGAAGCAUUAAUUCUCGUUAUUUCCUAUAUUUUAUACAUUUUAGCGAUGUGUUUUAAUAAACGUAUCAAUAAAUAUAUGCAUCUAAAAGUGUCAAAGAGAAGGAAAUACAAAAAUUUGAAUGAGGAGACACCCUUAAUUACGAAUAAUAAAAUUACUGAUUCCUUCAUGGCGAGUCAAACAAUUCAUCCAAUUUAUGCGAACGGAAAGGACACUGCUUUCUCUAAUAGUGUAAUUUCAGACUGUGCGGAGGUAUUAGAUAUGAGUAAUAGUGACGACUUCAGUAGUGAUGACUCUCUUGACAUCGUAAAUAUGACAAAUUGGCCAGAUCCAAAAAUGGAGAGACUUUGGUGGGUUUUCACCUGGCCAAUUAAUUUAUUACUUUUAGUGACAAUUCCAGAUUGCCGAAGGCAAUCAUUGAGAAAUUGGUAUCCACUGACAUUUACAAUGUGCAUCGUUUGGAUUGCAUCCAUGUCAUAUAUGGUUGCCUGGGAUAUCACAAUUAUUGGUGAUACUCUCAAGAUUCCUGACUCUGUAAUGGGAUUAACUUUCCUCGCUGCUGGGAUGAGCGUUCCCGAGGCAGUGUCAAGUGUCAUCGUCACGAAUCAAGGCCACGGAACAAUGGGAAUAAGUAACUCAAUUGGAUCGAAUAUUUUUGAUGUAUUAUUAUGCCUUGGUCUCCCUUGGUUUAUAAAGGCGAUAUUUUCACCAAAGGUGCCAGGCCAACAUUAUGUACAAAUUAAUUCAGAAGGUCUUGUGUACAGUUCAAUAUCUUUAUUCUCAACAUUAAUUUUAUUAUACGGCGCUAUUGCCAAUAAUAAAUUUAAAUUAGACAAAAGAGUUGGCUAUAUUUGCCUCUCAAUGUACGGUAUAUUUUUGGUAUUUGCUGCCAUUGUCGAACUCAAUGUAUUCUUUGUUGUUAAUAAGCCUAUCUGUGAUCACUGACAUUUGCUAAAAUUUUUAGAAUAUUAAGAAAUUCAUUUUUUUUCUCUCACACAAACACAAGAUUUAU